GCUACCGCGGUGCGGCCUGUCACCAUGGCGCUAUUCCCGGCCUUUGCGGCCCUUAGUGAGGCUCCCGACGGUGGGAAUUCCAGGAAAGAGUUGGACUGGCUGAAUAACCCAAGCUUCUGUGUUGGAAGCUCCACGUCUCAGAGCCAAACUGGAGAGGCCACAGCCGCUGCUUCAGACAGAUCGCCAGCCACCAGAAGUCCUCUGAUAUCAGAGUCGGCGGAUGAAAGUGACAUUAAUAAAAAGCACAAACAAACAAGCAAGAAAAGGAAGAAAGAGAAGAAGAGAAAGAAGAAGCAUCAGCACCAGAAGAAAACCCGGAGAAGGCACAGCUCAUCCUGCAGCAGCGGGUCUGAGCCUGACAGUGACUCUGGGAAGGAUGUCUUUUGCCGCAGUGGUGGCACUGACGUCCAGGCCCCCGAAAACACCAGCCUGGGAGAUACUGCGGCCACCCAUCCCAGUGGGCGCCUCGUGUGGCUGGAGGAUGCUCAGGCCCUGACUGGAGAGACCUUCCGCCUGGAUAAGAAGCCAGACCGUGCCAACUGGGAGUACAAGUCCCUCUACCGAGGCGACAUCGCAAGGUACAAGAGGAAAGGCAGCUCAUGCCUGGGCCUGAACCCCAAGAAGCAGUGCGUUUCCUGGGAGGGGACCCCCCGUGAGAAGAAGCCGGCACACAAGCACAGCAGCGAGCGCUACUUCUCUAGGAAGAACGUCAGCCUGCUAAGCAUAGAUGGUGUCGCCCUGAGCCCGCCUGGCCAGCCUCCCGCCCCGGCCACCUUCAUCCCUUUGGCAGGCCUGGAAGAGGCCUCCCCUCCUGUGACCAGCUGGCUGAAUCCUCUGGGGAUCUACGAUCAGGCCACCACGCAGUGGCUGCAGGGCCAGGGGCCCCCGGCGAAGGACUCUCAGGAGCCUGACACCCAGCCCGACCCUGAGAGCGCCCUCCUCAGGGCCAAGGUGGAGGACUUCAACCGCAGGGUGCGGGAGAGCCCGCAUGACGUGCAACUCUGGAUGGACUUCGUGGCUUUCCAGGAUGAGGUGAUGCGGCGCCCCGGCCUGUACACGCUGCAGGUGGAUGAGGAGCCUCGCCGUCGGGCGUCCCUGCGGAUGCUGGUGGAGAAGAAGCUGGCGAUCGUGGAGCGGGCGCUGGAAAGCAACCAGGGCAGCGUGGAGCUGCAGCUGGCCCGCCUGCACCUCUGCGCAGAGCUCCAGGAGCCCGGCGCACUCGCCAAAGAGUGGCAGAAGCUCAUCUUCCUGCACCCCAAUGACGCUGCCCUCUGGCAGAAGUACCUGCGGUUCUCUCAGAGCCAGUUCAGCACCUUCUCCGUGUCCAAGCUGCAGGGCCUGUACGGCAAGUGCCUGAGCACCCUGUCAGCUGUGCAAGAUGGGAGCAUCCUGUCACACCCUGCCCUGCCUGGCACCGAGCAGGCUCUCUUUGCUCUCUUUCUUCAGCAGUGCCACUUCCUGCGGCAGGCUGGCCACACCGAGAAGGCUGUGUCUCUGUUCCAGGCCAUGGUAGAUUUCACCUUCUUUAAGCCCGACAGCGUGCGGGAGCUGCCCACCAAGGGACAGGUGGAGUUCUUUGAGCCCUUUUGGGACAGUGGCGAGCCCAGAGCUGGUGAGAAGGGUGCCCGAGGCUGGAAGGCAUGGAUGCACCAGCAGGAGCGUGGUGGCUGGGUGAUUGUGACGCCUGAUGAGGAAGAUGACGAGGCGGACGAUGAUGACCAGGAGAUUCGGGACCGAACUCUGCCCCGGUGGCAGAUCUGGCUUGCAGCUGAGCGCUCCCGGGACCAGAGACACUGGCGGCCAUGGCGCCCUGAGAAGAACAAGAAGCAAACUGAGGAGGACUGCGAGGAUCCAGAGAGGCAGGUAUUGUUUGAUGACAUUGGUCAGUCUCUGAUCCGCCUGACCCAGCCCGAGCUGCGCUUCCAGCUGGUCGCCGCCUUCCUGCAGUUCCUGGGCCUGCCUUGUACCGCCCGCCCACCUGCCGCCUGUUUCUACCUGGCUCUGGAUGAUGGCGGCCUCUUUGACGGCGGCUUCUCCGAUGAGCAGCCGCUCUCGGCGCCAUACCCGCCCUUCUCAGGUGUCGGCUAUGUGGGCCGCAUGGACCCGUUGGGCAGCCGGCGGGGGACCCGGGGCCACAGUCGUGAGGGUGAAGAUUUCAUCCGUAACCUCUUGCACCUUCUGCUGCCACUGUUUGCCGGCCCAGAGCGGGCACAACUCUGCCUUUCCUGGCUGCGCUUUGAGGUUGCCAAGGUCCUCUGGUGCCUGCACACAAAGAACAAGAAGAGGCUGAAGUCUCGCGGGAAGAACUGCAAGAAAGUAGCCAAGAGUCUCCUCAAGGAGCCAGAAAACGGCAGCAAUUUCUGCCUAUGGCGUCUCUACGCGCACCUAGAGUGGCUGCUGGGCAACACAGAUGAUGCCCGCAAGGUGUUUGAGGUGGCCCUGGGCACGGCGGCCGGUGGCCGGGCCCUACAGGACGGCGGCCUCUGCGAACUCGGUCUGCUGUACGCUGAGCUGGAGCUGGAGCUGGGGCUGGCGCCGGAGCCCGACUCACAUGGGGCAGCCACAGCCCGUGCGGUCCAGAUCCUCACCAGACUCACCGAGACAGGGCCCAGUACGCCCUCCCCCAGCCCGGUGUCUGCUGUGCCCGUGCUGAAGGCACGAAAGGCCUAUGAGCACGCACUGCAGGCCUGCCUUGGGGAGGCUGGUGCCCCUGCGUCCACUCCCCAUGCCCUGGACCGCCUGGCCAGUGUGGCCAAAUGCUUCAUGCUCUUCCAGUACCUGACUGUGGGCAUUGAGGCGGCCGUGAGGCUCCACGACCAGGUAGCAGCCCAGCUGAGGGGUGCGGGGUCCCCUGCUGGUGCAGGCCUAAAGGACAGGUGCAGUUCCUCACACCCGAGCCCUGUGCUGGAGGUGCUGGCACUGAUGCACACGAACCUGCUGCGGUUCCACAUGAAGGUCAGCACGUACCCACUGGGCCCCCUGCGCCAGGCGCUCUCCGAGGCCCUGAAACUCUUCCCGGACAACCAGGCCCUUUGGCGGGCCUACGUCCAGGUUCAGAAUAAGUCCCACAGUGCCAACAAGACCAGGAGAUUCUUCGAUGCCGUUGCCAGAUCCACCAAGUCCUUGGAGCCCUGGCUGUUCGCGAUUGAAGCUGAGAAGAUGAGGAAGAGGCUGGUGGAAACCGUGCAGAGGGUGGAUGGCAGAGAGGUCCACGCCACACUCCCAGAGAGCGGCCUGACGCACCGCAUCAGGGGCCUUUUCGAGAGCGCUGUACAGAGCGAGGAUGGCGAGCAGUGUCCCCUGCUGUGGAGGAUGUAUCUGAAGUUCCUGGUUUCCUUAGGAAAUAAGGAAAGGAGCAAAGGUGUGUUCUACAAGGCACUUCAGAACUGCCCAUGGGCGAAGGCACUGUACAUGGACGCAGUGGAGUACUUCCCGGAUGAGAUACAGGAAAUCCUAGACCUGAUGACCGAGAAGGAGCUCCGGGUGCGCCUGCCACUGGAGGAACUGGAUCUCCUGCUUGAGGACUAGGUAGCAGGCUGGAGUGCAGUGCAGCUGCAGAUGAGACAAGACAGAGAGAUGGGCAGAUGGGGUCC